CCAUGGACUGGGACAACAUUCUGCCAUGGAACGCUUUCAACCCGCCAUUUGCCUGAUGCUCCUGCUCCUUCUCGUUGGCUGCUGUCUGGCGGGAACGGCGCGUCGGCCACGCCUCGAUGGACGCAUUGUGGGCGGCCAGGCGACGACUAUUGAGGCGAUACCCUACCAGGUGUCGCUCCAGCGGAGCUAUCACUUCUGCGGCGGCUCGCUGAUCGGGCAUGGAUGGGUCCUCACCGCCGCCCACUGCACCGAGGGAUCGGCCAUCCUGGUGUCCAAGGUGCGCAUCGGAUCCACGCGCAUAGACUCUGGCGGCAUGCUGGUGGGGAUCAAGCGCGUCCAUCGACAUCCAAAGUUCGACACCUACACCAUCGACUACGACUUUUCUGUGCUGGAAUUGGAGGAGUACGACAAGAAGAACGUGACGCAGGCAUUUAUCGGGCUGCCCAAGCAGGAUGCGGACAUUGCGGAUGGCACAGCCGUCCUGGUCUCCGGCUGGGGUAAUACCCAGAGCACGCAGGAGCCGACAAGUAUCCUGCGGGCAGUAACUGUGCCGACAGUUAGCCAGACGGAGUGCACCGAGGCCUACAGUAGCUUUGGAACUAUCACGGAUCGCAUGCUGUGCGCGGGUCUGCAACAAGGAGGCAAGGAUGCGUGUCAGGGAGACUCCGGUGGUCCGCUGGCCGCCAAUGGAACGCUCUGGGGCGUCGUUUCCUGGGGCUACGGCUGUGCCCGGCCAGAUUACCCAGGCGUAUACUCUCGAGUGUCGGCCGUUCGGGAUUGGAUAGGAUCUAAUUCAUAUUCUUGGCGGGAGUAUCCUAGAAGAUGAUGCCUACCUGGAAGAGAGAUGCUUGGGAAAGUAAUUACUACGAUUGGAUUUAAAAAAUAUGUCCUCAUGGAGAGUUCACCCUUUAAAUGAUCAAGUAAUCGAUCAAAUAUCAGAUUCGAACUGUCAAAAAGUGAACUUUCAUCGGAAAUUAUGUUCAUUCACGGAAAUCGAAUACAAAAUCCUCCCCACCCAUGUACUCCCCCUCUCGCUCUACGCUUAUGGACCCUCGGUAGGCUAUGACAACAACUACGAUACACAGCCCAAAGCAGCAACAGCAAAAACCGCACGGUAUCUUAAAAGCAAUGAUGUCAUCAGGUACGGCGCAUGAGAUCAGCAUAGGCAGCAUGCAUAACAAACAUAGAAAAUGCGUCACCUUGAAUGAAUAUAGCUUUUCUGUUCUCUCACACACAUUGCAAUAGCAAAGCCGCUCUCAACAAUGCGCAUGAAGUCAUAUUGCACACACACUACAGUGGGAAGAGAGGAUUACAGAUAAGACAGCACUCUCGCGCUUUCUAGAACUUAAAAGCUCAAGCUUUCUGUUAAAUCGAUGAUCUCAUCUCAGCGCUAUUUGCAGAAAACUUUGUCUAAAAUCCCAGCACGGGGAUAAAAUCGCGGGAGCAUCUGGAAAAUAAUCGGAAAAUAUGUUUUAAAGUAAAAAUAUCCAGGAAAUGUGGUGUGCAAUCAUGAAAUUUGAUCAAUUGUGUAGUGGAAAGCCGAAAAAGUGUGUGGGAAGAGCCAAAGGAAAAGCUAAAUGUGAAAAAAUGAUCGCAGCAUGUGUGAAAACUAUCAAGUGCAGUGUUUUUUUUACAGUGAAAGAAUGGAAAAAACCGGCCUGCGAAAAUUGUUUCCGCUGGAAACGCAAAAAGAAUAACGGAACCAAGUCACGCUGCUGUUGUGCAGGAUGGUCAUCAGACGGCAAGGGGCGCAAGGAGGCAGGAAUUGGAAGGCGAUAAAAGCAAAAAGUGCGUGAAAGUGCAGGAGUGAAAAUACCGCAAGAAAUAUAUAAAGAGCGGAAGACUCUGCUUCCGCUCCUGCUCUAUUUUUUUGGCUGUGAGAGUGAAAGUACAUACAUACAUACAUAUGUAUGUACAUAUGUACAUAAUUGCAAGCGCAUUUGAAUAAAAACAAUAGCCGCAAGAACUAUGUACAUAUAUAAAGGAGCGGCGUAAGAAAUAGAGCGCAAUGCCUAAAAGUGAGUGAAAUGCUGCGAUCAAGUGUGUUAGUGAGUGCAAGUGCGGGAGGGAGAGCAAGGCAAUGUGGAGUGAAAUGAGGCGAUAUGGGCAACAACUUCAGGCACAGGAAGGAGAACCGUAACUUCACUGAGAGGAUCUAAGAGCGGAGCAGCGUAGCUCUCUUAAACUACGUUAUUGGAAGAGAAGACCGAAAGAGAAGAAUAUCCGCAGUUUCAUCCUGGCUGUUUGUUUAUGCUUUUGAGCGUUAAUAAAAUGCAAGGGCCUCGUAGCGGAGGAGCAUGGCUCUCUUUGAUUUCGUCACUGGAAGAGAAGCGAAAUCAAAGAAUGAUUUCGUCACUAUAAGAGAAGAGCGAAAGAGAAGAACAUCAGCAAUUUCAUCUGGCUGGCUGGUUGUUUUUGCUUUUGAGAAUUAGUGAAAUAAAAG